UCCAUGGAGCCGGUACUGCCGGCUCGACCGACGGCCAUGGCGCCGCUGCUGGAGUACGAACGGCAGCUGGUGCUGGAACUGCUCGACACUGACGGGCUGGUAGUGUGCGCCCGCGGGCUCGGCGCGGACCGGCUCCUCUACCACUUUCUCCGGCUGCACUGCCACCCAGCCUGCCUGGUGCUGGUGCUCAACACGCAGUCGGCCGAGGAGGAGUAUUUUAUCAAUCAGCUGAAGAUAGAAGGAGUUGAACACCUCCCUCGCCGUGUAACAAAUGAAAUUACAAGCACCAGUCGCUAUGAAGUUUACACACAAGGUGGUGUUAUAUUUGCAACAAGUAGGAUACUUGUGGUUGACUUCUUGACGGAUAGAAUACCUUCAGACUUAAUUACUGGCAUCUUGGUGUACAGAGCCCACAGAAUAAUCGAAUCUUGCCAAGAAGCAUUCAUCUUGCGCCUCUUUCGCCAGAAAAACAAACGUGGUUUUAUUAAAGCUUUCACGGACAAUGCUGUUGCCUUUGAUACUGGUUUUUGUCAUGUGGAAAGAGUGAUGAGAAAUCUUUUUGUGAGGAAGCUGUAUCUGUGGCCACGGUUCCACGUAGCAGUAAACUCAUUUUUAGAGCAGCACAAACCUGAAGUUGUAGAAAUUCAUGUUUCUAUGACACCUGCCAUGCUUGCUAUACAGACUGCUAUUCUGGACAUUUUAAAUGCGUGUCUAAAGGAACUAAAAUGCCAUAACCCGUCUCUUGAAGUGGAAGACUUAUCUUUAGAAAAUGCUAUUGGAAAACCUUUUGACAAGACAAUUCGCCAUUAUCUGGAUCCUUUGUGGCACCAGCUUGGAGCCAAGACUAAAUCCUUAGUUCAGGAUUUGAAGAUAUUACGAACUUUGCUGCAGUAUCUCUCUCAGUAUGAUUGUGUCACAUUUCUUAAUCUUCUGGAAUCUCUGAGAGCAACGGAAAAAGCUUUUGGUCAGAAUUCAGGUUGGCUGUUUCUUGACUCCAGCACCUCGAUGUUUGUAAAUGCUCGAGCAAGGGUUUAUCAUCUUCCAGAUGCCAAAAUCAGUAAGAAAGGCAAAAUUUCUGAAAAAAUGGAAAUUAAAGAAGGGCAAGAAACAAAAAAGGAACUGGUCCUAGAAAGCAACCCAAAGUGGGAGGCACUGACUGAAGUAUUGAAGGAAAUUGAGGCAGAAAAUCAGGAGAGUGAAGCCCUUGGUGGCCCAGGUCAAGUACUAAUUUGUGCAAGUGAUGACCGAACGUGUUCCCAGCUGAGAGACUAUCUCACUCUUGGAGUGGAGGCCUUCUUAUUGAGGCUCUACAGGAAAACUUUUGAGAAAGAUAGCAAAGCCGAAGAAGUCUGGAUGAAAUUAAGGAAGGAAGACAGUUCAAAGAGAAUUAUGAAAUCUCACAAAAGACCCAAAGACCCCCAAAACAAAGAACGGGCUUCUACCAAAGAAAGGACGCUCAAAAAGAAAAAACGAAAGUUGACCUUAACUCAAAUGGUAGGAAAAUCUGAAGAACUGGAAGAGGAAGGAGAUGUCCAGGAAGGAUGUCGUCAAGAAAUAAGCAGUAGCCCAGAAACCUGCCUGGCAGAAAUUAAGCAUGAAGAAUUUGAUGUAAAUUUGUCAUCAGAUGCUGUGUAUGGAAUCCUGAAAGAACCCCUCACUAUCAUCCAUCCGCUUCUGGGUUGUAGCGACCCCUAUGCUCUGACAAGGGUACUCCAUGAAGUGGAGCCAAGAUACGUGGUUCUUUAUGAUGCAGAGUUAACCUUUGUUCGUCAGCUUGAAAUUUACAGGGCAAGCAGGCCCGGGAAACCUCUGAGGGUUUACUUUCUUAUAUACGGAGGUUCAACUGAGGAACAACGCUAUCUGACUGCUUUGCGGAAAGAAAAGGAAGCUUUUGAAAAACUCAUAAGGGAAAAAGCAAGCAUGGUUGUCCCUGAAGAAAGAGAAGGCAGAGAUGAAACAAACCUAGACCUGGUAAGAGGCAUAGCAUCCGCAAAUGUUUCCACUGACACUCGGAAAGCCGGUGGCCAGGAACAGAAUGGUACACAGCAAAGCAUAGUUGUGGAUAUGCGUGAAUUUCGAAGCGAGCUCCCAUCUCUGAUCCAUCGUCGGGGCAUUGACAUUGAACCCGUGACUUUAGAGGUUGGCGAUUACAUCCUGACUCCAGAAAUGUGCGUGGAGCGCAAGAGUAUCAGUGAUUUAAUUGGCUCUUUAAAUAAUGGCCGCCUCUACAGCCAGUGCAUCUCCAUGUCCCGCUAUUACAAGCGUCCUGUGCUUCUGAUCGAGUUUGACCCUAGCAAGCCUUUCUCUCUCACUUCCCGAGGUGCCUUGUUUCAGGAGAUCUCUAGCAAUGACAUUAGUUCCAAACUCACUCUUCUUACACUUCACUUCCCCAGACUCCGGAUUCUCUGGUGCCCUUCUCCUCAUGCAACAGCAGAGUUGUUUGAGGAGCUGAAACAAAAUAAGCCCCAGCCUGAUGCGGCAACAGCAUUGGCCAUUACAGCAGAUUCCGAAACCCUUCCCGAGUCAGAAAAGUAUAAUCCUGGUCCCCAAGACUUCUUGUUAAAAAUGCCAGGGGUGAAUGCCAAAAACUGCCGCUCCUUGAUGCACCAUGUUAAGAGCAUUGCAGAAUUAGCAACCCUGUCACAAGAGGAGCUCACGAGUAUUCUGGGGAAUGCUGCAAAUGCCAAGCAGCUUUAUGACUUCAUUCACACCUCUUAUGCAGACGUCGCAUCUAAAGGAAGAGUUAAAAAGUGAACAGUGGGGGCUGUUUUCUUAUCCCAUGGCUGUGCCUUUCAGCUGCUCCUUGCCAGAUAUCAUCGGUUGUUAUUAAUUAUUAGUUUGGUAUUUCAUUCCUUUCCAAUGCUCUUACUGAUUGUGUGGGGGGCCAGAAGCCAGGAUUCCUCUCUGAACUCUGCAGUUAGGCAUCACUUCAGCUUGCCCGUGCCUGCUCUUUUCCCUCCCUGCACAAUCCAUGCCAGGCUUAGCAUAUUCCUUUUUAAAUGAGAUCUCUCACGAUCAGGUAAAGUUUCUACGAGAAGGUAGAAAGACACGGAGGGUGCAGGGAGGGAAAAAAGCAAGCAUAAGAAAGCUGCCAUUUCCCACAGUCCUUGUUAUCUAGUGCAACAUAAAUAACAGUCUUAAUUGUACUUCGUACCAGUGCCCCGUGGCUCUCAAAAUCUGGUCUUUGCUGUUGUAUCUGCUGGACGCUUGAACUGAUGUUUGUGUAGGAAAUCAUGUUCUGACCCUCUGUCUACAAAGGAGCCUUCUGGAACACUGAGAAGGAACAUUUCUUUGCCAUUCCUGACCAGUUCUCUCUAUCACUUUUUCUUCAACUCCAUACUUCUUCUGCCUGUCUGUUCUAAGGAAAUUUUAUGGAGCCUUCCUAUUACUAACUCAAGAGAGCCACCUCUAAAACUGGCUGACGAGUCUUCUAAUGACCCAAACAUAUGUAGCAUGUGCUUUUGAUGACCCAAACAUAUGUAGCAUAACUUCAUUGUAAAGUUAGUAUUUUUAAAACAUAAAAUGAAUGACCUAUUUGUAAAAGUUAAUGGUGAAGGAGCUCUUAGAAUUCUCAAUUUUUACACAUAUUCAGUCUCCUAAUAUCAGAGAUCUCAAAGCCCAAAUGGCUAGUUAUAGAGUUUUUUUAAAGACCUCCUCAUUUCCCAGCUCUGUCAGAUCCUAAGACACCAGCACCAUAUCCUCUAGAAAUACAACCUAAGCUCACCCUCCUGUGAUUGUUCAUUUCUCACAAUCCUAUGCCAGGGUGACUCCUUUCUUCUCUGUGUGAGGACCUAAAUACAAGCCAAGAAGUGGCCCACUAAGCUUUUAAGAUUUGGUUUUCUGCCUUGAGAUAAAAAGGAUUGUAGGUAAAUGAAAGAUCAGUGUAUGGAAUAUAUAAAAAUUCAAAAGAAAUAUAUACACUUAA